GGAGGAUCAGCCUUUACCAAAUGCGUGCAGCUUGUCGUGGAACUAGAAGUCAAGGGGCGCUUGGCCAAUUGUCGAGACUCGCUGAGCCACUUAUUAGGUUAUGGUCAAGGCGCAGCUGGUCCGCCCCUCCAACAGACGACCAUUCUGGGCCUGUUUGGUUUGGACCAGCUUCCUCCGUUCCACAGAACAGCCAACGAACAGCAAAUUCUCCGACCUACAACCGCACCGCACACCUCUCUCGCGACACGUCAGGUCAAGGCAAGGCAGCCAGAAGGAAAGCCAAGGCAAGGCGACCAAGCAUCUGAAGUGGCAAAACAUGGCUGGAGCCACGCGGGACAGGCGCCUCGUCAAGGAGCUCGGCAAGAUCCACAAGGAUGGACUGCCUCCGGGUAUCGAGUUGCUACAGCGCGAAGAUAGCGUCGCCGGCGACUGGUUUCUCGACAUCCGAGUCCUCGACGUCAACCCGCUCUACCAGGGCCAGAUAUACCGGCUCAAAUUCCAAUUCCCCAAGAUGUAUCCCAUCGAACCUCCUGAGGUCACCUUUGACAAGAAGCCCGAUCGCCCGAUCCCGAUGCACCCACACAUAUACUCCAACGGCAUCAUCUGCCUGGACCUUCUCGGCCAGCAGGGCUGGAGCCCUGUGCAGAGCGUCUCAAGUGUAUGCAUGAGCAUCCAGAGCAUGCUGACGAGCAACGACAAAAACGAGCGACCCCCCGGUGACGAGGACUUCGUGCGGGGCAACAAACUGCGACCGCGCGACAUCGAGUUUCUCUACCACGAUAACACCGUGUAGCAGGCCUCGUGCAAUUACACAAUCCAAGGAGGAUUUUUGAAACUACACACUGAGCUUUGCACGCAUUUCUGGUGCUUUUGGCGUUGGGCCCCGGGAGGCAACCAGGCACGGACGGGACAUGACACUUGACACUUGGUACGCGAGGGACAUUUGGGCUUCCGGUUUUGAUAGUUACUUGGGGCCGCUGACCCGGCCAUAUGGGCGUUCAUCAUCAUCAUACGCAAGGUAAAUUCAACAUGGCUCUGCCGCUGGGGAGCGAUGGGUUGGUCACGACUCUGCUGGUUUAAACGAUACACAUACAUCAAAUAGCAAAGGUCAUCAUGAUGGUUAUGGCAUGGGUCAGCCUGGGAGAAACGCCACCCACUGACAGAUCAACAUCGAUACGGGUGCGGCAUGUCAUAACCGUAUGGACGAGCUGGAUAAAUACCUCAAGAUUCUUCUCUGUUAAAUAUACGCGGGUAUUUACUGACA